AUGGGUCAGCUCUUGUCUCACCCAGUGGAGGAGAAGUCCAUAGAGUUCCGGGAACACUCCUCCAUCUCCUACACCAUUGGCUCAAUGCAAGGCUAUAGAAUGACCAUGGAAGAUGCCCACGACGUACGGGUCUCUGACGACGAGAACCUUGCCGUGUUUGGUGUUUUCGAUGGCCACGGCGGUAAGGAAAUAGCCGAGAUCUUACAGCAAAAGUUAGUGGCGACAAUUUUCAGAACCCUCUCGGCAUCCAUCAAGAAGGGCAAGGACAAUGACUUGCUGACUUACAUAAGGCUCAUCAAGGAUUGUUUUUUCAAGGUUGACGCCCUGCUACCCGAGACCGAAGCUGCCAAUUGCGGAAGCACUGCUAUCAUCACCACCGUUAUUGCCAAGCGCUAUGUUAUUGUUGCCAAUACAGGUGACUCCAGAUCGAUUCUUUCGCUUAAAGGAGGCUGCCUGAAAAAUCUCUCCUUUGAUCACAAGCCUUCAACCAUGGGUGAACGGGUUCGUAUUGAGAACAGUGGUGGUUACGUGAUCAAUGGCAGAGUGAAUGAAGUUUUAGCAUUGUCUCGAGCUUUCGGUGACUUUAACUUCAAAUUGCCUUGGCUUUCGCUUAAUCCUACAGGGCAUCAUAACGCAUACUUAGAACGGAACCGGAAACUUAUCAAGGACAACUUGGUGGCUCUUCCACCAGAGCUCUACCAAGUCAGUGUCGAGCCCGAUGUUCUCGUGUACGACUUGAAGUGCUUGAGCGAACCCGAGUUCAUUGUGUUGGCUUGUGACGGUAUCUGGGACUGCUACACGAAUGAUCAACUAAUCCGUCUCAUUCGUAAGAGGUUGCGUGAGGGCUGGAACCUACAACACAUUACUGAAUACGUUUUAAACGAUUGUAUCAGUAUGGCCAAUAACAUCACGGGUAUCGGCUUCGACAAUAUGACGUUAAUGAUUGUCGCUCUACAUACGGAUGGCACGCUCGAAAAGUGGGGCGAGCAAUUCAAGAAGAAAUGA